AUGCAACGGUGCGAGUCCGUCGUGUUCACGGUGUGCCGCUCGUGGGGAAGCCUGGAAGAUGCUCUGGCCAAACUGCGGGGUCAGCAGCGGCCCGAGUCUGAGGUUCGGAAAGCAGGCACGCCGUCGUCGGCCGGAGAGUCCAGUGCGAGUCCACGGCCUAGGACUAGGAUAAAACAGGAAGAGGGGAACGAGCCCAGUUUGGCCGGGGACUUUGAGGGUCUCCGGAUCGAGCACGAUGGCCGGAUAUCCUUCCAUGGUCCUACCAGCUUGUUUCAGCUGCCGAGCGGUAUUCUGAGCGAGUCCUCGUCAUCGUCCAAUCUUGCCAUGCAGCUGGAGGGACGCAAGGAAAGACUCAUCAACAAUGCUUGGAGAGAGAGGGCAUUUGAGCAGCUGGCUGCCAUGCCGGUAGGUGGACUCUUGGUCCCCACGAAAGGACAGAGGCUCAUGAUGGGAUUUCGGCAGGAACCAUUCCAAUAUCUUCUUGAUUCUCACUGGUGCUGGAUCCAGCCGCUUUUCAAUUUUGUUUACCGGCCUGCGUUUACCCGUGAUAUGAAGAUCAACGGUCCGUAUUAUUCGGAUACCCUUCUCAAUGCGAUUCUCUCUCAUUCGGUACGAUGGUGCAAGUCUGAACCCAAAAUUGGCCCCAUUCUGGAAUCCUUCGAUGGCGGCGCUCAAUUCUCCGACCGCGCGGUGACGGGGUUGUAUGAUUCAUUGAGAGUCGGCUAUGCUGGCAUUCCCACCAUUCAGACGUUGCUCAUACUCAGUGCACAAGAGUGCGGCCGGGGCAAUCGAACCCAAGCAUGGCUGUACAGCGGCAUGGCUUUUCGAUUGUUGGACGAUCUCGGCAUCUCCAUUGAUAGUCGCAAGUAUCCGGAUGCUGCUCAAUUGAGCGAUGAAGACAUCGAGAUUCGAAACCGACUCUUCUGGAGCUGUUAUUUCUGGGACAAGCUGGUGUCAUUGUACUUUGGCAGGUCGCCAACUAUGCAAAACUCUCACGUCAGCCCGCCGCGAACUAUAUUGGACGAUACAUCGGAAAUCGAGAUUUGGACUCCUCACGGAGUUAUCUUCCCAGAAGGCACUCAUUAUCCGCCGACGCAGGCUCAUUCGACGUCAUGUUUUAUGAGGAUGUGUGGACUGGCGGAGAUUCUCAACGAGAUCCUCAUCCACAUUUACGACCCUAUUCGACAGGUGUCCGAGGCCGAGUUCCAUGAUUGCGUCCAGGAGCAGGCGAGGAACUUGACGGAAUGGUGGGAUGAGCUGCCGGACUAUCUGAAGCUGGUGGUCACAGAGCUACCUCCCUACUCGCCACCAAGCCAUAUCGUGAUCCUGAAUUGCUUGUAUCAUACGAUCAAUAUCCUCCUUCAUCGUCCGAUCCUUUGUUCCAAGAGAAACCGAGAGACGUACGAUCAAAGUCACCUGGUGCAAUGCAUGACCUCGGCGACAGCCAUAUUGUCACUAUACGACCUCUACUGUCAAACGUUUGGCGACGCGCAUGUCGUGCUCUCUCUAGCAUACUCCGUGUACACGGCUGCAUCGAUCUUCCUGCUGGAGAUUCAGGCGCUAAAAUAUGCCGCGCCGGGUACUCUUAACAAACUCAAGUUUUGCAUCCUUGCACUCGAGCGAGUCAAGGUUUCAAGUCCUGUCAUCACCACAGCUCUGGGCCUCAUAUACCAUGAACUGGAGAAGUUCCGAAUUGACAUCCACAUCACCCUCCCACCAUCGCAGUCCGAACAUCCAUCCUCAGAACCCGCCUCGCAAGCACACUCCCCAACUCACAGUCAAUCCCCCAGCCAGCACCCCGGCCAGCCCGCUCUACAUUUACGUAGCGGCUCCCGUCAUGUCUCCCCAGCCGGCCAAGCGCCCACCAUGCCAGGCUCCCUCCCCGCACCGCGCGUCACAAACGCGCCCCUGCCGCACCAGGGCUACGCAUUCCAGCGAUCUGUCGGGGAUUUCGAACCGUCGCAGACGGGCGUGCCGCCCCUCCCUGCUACGCAUCUACUAGGCGGCAUGCCCAAUGCGGCGAUGACGCUGGACAACCCGGGUCCGUACGAGAUUACGCCCGAGGUCUUCGAAGCGUUCUCGUACGCGGAGCCUAUCACGGCUAACAUGGCUUCUGCUUUUGAGUCGGCGUGGGGCAGGCCAGGAUGA